AUGGCUAGUUUUAUGCUCCCGCCUGUUGUCAGCUAUGCCUGCUCCUGUGGUUUAAUCAAUCCAAUUACCAAAUUGUAUUUUUGUCGUCACUGCUUGCAACUGAGGUGUGGCUUUUGUGUCUGCCAUGAAGUUGAUUCUCAUUUUUGUUCCAGCUGCUUGGAGAAUAUUCCUUCUUCGGAAGCCAAGCUGAAGAAAAAUCGAUGCAAUAACUGCUUCAACUGUCCCAGUUGCCAGCAUACGCUUUCGGCUAGGGCGACUACUGUGGUCGUGCCAAAAAAAGUAGACGACCCGGAGAAAGGCGAUGGAGACGACAAAGAAAAGGAUAAAGUCAUCACCCGAAAAAUGUAUUACUUGUCCUGUUUGGCGUGCAGAUGGACUACUCGCGAUGUCGGCAUUCCAGAUCAAACCGUUGCUUCAGGAGCAUGGCCAGAAUGCGAGUACGCCAACCAAACACGUUUGAAUGCUAUCAUGGAAUACUACCAAUCCGUAGUUCUUCAAGAGAAGCAAGAAAAACAAGAUCUCUGGAAGCGAAAGACACCAAAAAAGCAUAAAUAUUUUUCUUUGACGGAUAGAACUGGCCUAACCGUGUCCAUGAUUCGCCGUCAGAUGGGUUGGGCUGACAAGGCUCCUCCCAAGCCCAAAGCUAUCACUCCUUCUGAAGCAAGCGAGGAGGUAGAUGAGCUUCCGGAGUCAAUUUUUACCGAACCAGUCAAUCUUAAAAACAUAACAACAAUCAAGCAAAGACAUUCGCAACCAGCCGAUCAACCAGAAACUGUGGAUAACCUCUUUCCACAAAGGAAAAGUUUAUGGAUAAAACGUUCCCUCCGUUGUCGACAAUGCGAACACAACAUCAUUAAGCCCGAAUAUCACCCAACAUCCAUCAAAUAUCGCAUUCAAUUGUUCGCUAGUUAUCACGUUCCCGAAGUGCGUUUAGUUAAAUGCGAGCAGCCGCUUAAAGCAGGUGUUGCUAAUUUCGUGAUUUUGAACUUCGCAAACCCAACUAUGCAUGAUAUGGUUGUUAAAAUCAUUGAGUUGCCUAGUGAAGACGAAGAGGCCUUACUGAUUGAGGAAUUUCGUCGAGGAUUCGAAAAACAAACUUCGCUAACAUCAACUCCUAGUCUAACUUCAGCUCUGUCUCGACAAACUUCCCUGAAUGAAGAGCCACGAUUUGUGGAUAAGCGGACUACAGCUAAAUUAGAGUAUCCUAAUGUACCGUUUACUGUCAAUCAUCGUGACGAUUCGGCUGAGUUCGAUGAAGAUACUCAAAUUCAACAAGAAGAACCUCCUUUUGUUAUAUGGCGAAAGUCGAAUAAAGUCUCUGUGAAGCUGGGUUUUACUCCAGACCCCGAUUUAGCAUCGAAUGAUGAGGUCGUGGUUGGCUUUUCCAUGCAAUACAAUUAUGUAAAUACUGUCAUCAAUACUGCGGACAGAAGUGAGCCACAGAAACAUACACUACAUGCUCGUGUCUAUGUUAAAGUUGGUAAUAUAACCAGUGAAAGUGCUUAAAAUUAUAACGAUUUUUUAUAUUGCGCAAAUAUUACGUUAUUUAUUCGCUACUAAUAAAAUUAUAUACUCAAUGCUUACAGAA